CUUACAACUUAUAGCAUAACAAGUAGUCACACCGGUCGCACCAUCGCGUGGAACGAGUGGAAUAAGGGUGCAAGAGUAUUUUGAAAAAUGUCGAAAUUCUUUUGACAGAAGUCUUUCUGAUAUAAAAGAUUUCGUUUAUUAUACAAGUAAUGGAUCCAAGUGAAGUAGAAUUUUUCGGUGAAAAAGAAUUGGUCACCAUCGUGCCGAACUUUAAUUUCGACACGAUUCACCUGAUCUCAGGCUCGGUGGGCCCAUUUCGAGCUGGCUUACCUGUCAAAGUCCCAAUUUGGCUCGCAGUAAAUCUGAAACAGCAACAAAAGUGUCGUAUAAUCCAUCAAGAAUGGAUGGACUCUGAAAGUUUGAAUGAAACGAAGGAGCAAGAAAAAUUAUCGAAAUUGUUUACGAAGAUGCCUAGUAAUCAUUACAUAGAUGAGGCACAACUUUUAUUGAGCAUUGCGAGUGACGACAUACCUGAUGCAGAUGCAAUAAGGACAGCAGUGAAAGAUAUAUGGGACAUAAGAAUGUCGAAACUGCGCACAUCUAUAGACGCAUUUUUGAAAAGCGAAGGAUUGCAUGCUAAAUUGAAUCAUUUAACUGCUAUGGAAAUCAACAGUGUCCGUCCUUUAUUGCCACAUGCUUUGGAUCAAGUACUAAGAAUUCAGAGUGGUGGAAGGAUGACACAGUCUCAGCACCAUCCAUGAUAAAAAUUAAAUAAUUUCUAUAUAAUAAAUCCACAAAUUGUUGUAAUACUAUUUUAGGAAAUUUGUAAAUAUGCGUAUAUUUGUACAUAUUCAUGAGAUAUUUAUAUGAUCUAUUUUUAUUAAUGUGCAUUGAUGUGUAUGGAAAUAAAGGAGAUGGGCAAUAAAAUCGUA